GUGCACCCGACUACUUAACGACUUAAUCCGAUUACGUUAACUCGCCAUAUCAUUCAAUCACACCAUCUCCCCCCAUCACCGGCACUUUGUCCGCCGGCGCCGGAGAACAAACAAUGUCUUUGUUAAACUCCCAACUCCACCAACAAACCACCGUUUCCUCUCUUCUAACCACCACUUCUUCUAUUUCCUUAUCUAAAACCCACCACAAAACCCUAACGUUCCUCUUCCGUAAACCCACCAUAUCAUCCCUUCAAUUCUCUCUUCACCACCACCCGCAGCAACAAUUAUACAACAACGUCAACAGAGACGAUGAAGGAUAUGAAGAAGAGCAAGUAAUUGGAGACUGUUUAGUAUUUGAAGAAGGUAUAUUCGAAGACCCUUUCAUUCAAAACGAAGUUGAACUUGAAGUUCCCAAACAGUCCAAAAAGUUUAACAAUAAUAAGACUAAAAUCGAGGUUAAACCGGAGGAUUUGAUUCCAGCGAACUGGAAAGACGUUCAGGCGGAAAUUAAUAUCACGAAGAAAGAAAGGAGAAAGAUGGCUCAGGAAAUGGAGUUUGGGAGCAAAUUACAGAGGAAGAAACAGGGGUUAAGACCUAUACCGAUGGGGUAUGAGAGUGCGAAAGAGUAUAAGGCUGCAAAAUUAAGGGAAUUAAAGCCAGUUGUGUUGGAUAAUCCUGAACUAUUGGAGGAAAAUGAUGAAGAUGAAAUUGAAAUUGAUGAGGGUGAGGGUAGUAGGGGUAUUAGAGUGGCUCCAAGGAACCCUAAAAUGGCGGUGUAUGGCCGCAGUUUGGAUGAUAUUUCACGGUUCCUGAAUUCCGGCAUGUAUGAUCCUGAUGCUGCUAAGGAUCCACAAGGUUCUCGUAAGUUGUUUACGAAGGAGGAGAAGUUCCUAAUGAAUAGGCGGGUUCCUGAUUUGGCAGCUGCCACCUCAGACAAAUGGCAACCUUUACACACUCUUGCAGCAUCAGGAGAAUUUUACCUUCUUGACACUUUGUUGAAAUACAGUGUAGAUAUUAAUGUCUCUAACCAGGAGGGGCUGACGGCAAUUCACAAAGCUAUUCUUGGCAAAAAGCAUGCCAUUUGUAAUUAUCUACUACGAAAUUCAGGCAACCCAUUUGUUCGUGAUAAAGACGGGGCUACCCUCAUGCAUUAUGCUGUACGCACCGCAUCAACUCAAAUGAUAAAAAUCCUCCUACUAUAUAAUGUUGAUAUAAACCUCCAGGACAAUGAUGGGUGGACGCCAUUGCAUCUAGCUGUUCAGUCCCGUAGAACGGAUGUGGUGAGGCUUUUAUUGAUCAAGAAAGCCGAUAAGUCCCUAAAAAACCAAGAUGGUUUGACUCCACUGGAUCUUUGCCUUUAUAGCGGAAGAGACACGCGAACUUAUGAAAUGAUCAGGCUAUUAAAACAGCCGCCCAAACCACGUAAAUAUGCUGAACUCAUGGGAUAGCGGUUUCGUAGUUGCAUUGUGGUUCAUGACCAUCACCAUCCUGUCAUGUGAAACUUCGGUUGGUCGGCAAAAGACCUGACUCUGAUGACUCACAGCAUCAUGUUGAUAAGAGAGUGAAUGUGCUGUGUGCUGAAACCCGCAUCGCACGAGGCCAGGAUAGGUAGGCUAUGUACCUAUAUGGAUUAAAUUGUCUUAGUAGAUUAAGCUAAAUUGCUAUUUGUUUGUUGUGUUGAAUAAACCAAAGAAAUGAUAUAGAUGACCAUCUUACCCCUUGCUAUUAGUUUUUUGUUUCUUUCCCUUCUAUUAAAGAACUUCCAUAAUCUUAGUGACUUGGGAUUAACAUCUUCAAACAUAUAACCCACUUUUCUUUCGAUC